AUGAAACAAAAGACGAAAGCAGAGACAGGGACAAGCCUCGGCGAAUCGGAAAACCAUGAAGGCAUGGUAGGUCUGAAAACCCUGCCACUGGUUGACUCCAAACCCACGUCCGAGGUUUUUGUAGGACGAAAUGCAAGUGAUGUGCUGUGUGGCCGUGGGGUACAAGUCCUGCAUCAUGCUGGAAAUCUGAACCUGCAUUUGGCUGUAAACGAGUUCAGGGCGGAGUACUUGAGAAGCCGACGUGGUCGCAAAAAAGAGAUCAUUGAAACCAUUGUGAAGCGGCUAAAAUCCACCGGAUCCCGUUUUCUGAAGACUGCUCAUAGUGACAAGACAAAAUGGGUAGAGGCAGAUGAAACUUUCGCGUACCAAAAAGUAAGCCAUGUAUUGAGGGGAGCCAACACUGGCAAAGCUGUCGAAAAGAUCAAGAAGCAGGAAAGUGAGAUUACGAAAAAUCAGAAAGAGCACAGACAGCAACCAAAGCAAGCUAUUGCCUCUCUGUCAACAAAUAUGAGUCAGUUGUCGCAAUUCGCAAGCGCUACCAUCAUGCCAACUUCACAGCAUCGGUUGCCAUUAGAUUUUUCACUGGUUCAAACUCUACUUGAGAGACAGCUACUCGCUGAGAUGACUGGGAAUAUAGCUCCGCAACCAAACAUGGCUAAUCUCUUGAGGCAUCCUAAUCCAAUGGUAUUUCUGCCACAAGGGAGGAAUGACAAUGAACAGCUCAUGAAUAUUGCGCAGCCACAGCAUCCUUCUGCAACACAACAACUAAUGCCACUACAAUUUAAUGCUACUUUCUAUCACGACCAGUUCUCAAGUCUGCGAGCACAGCAGCUGUCUCAGGGCGUUAGUUGCCAUUUUUCUGCUCCAAACCAAAGAGAACAAGAUCACGAUCUGAGGGAGGUGGCUGCGCAAAAGAACGAGGUGGAAGACGGAUCAAGGUAUCGUAAUUAA